AUGGGCGGUGGCAUUGGAAGUGGAAUUGGCGGUGUAGGUGUAUCUAAUUCUCUCAAUGCUGCUCUAAGAGGAAAUUUGGGAGGUAGUCUUGUAAGUGGACUUGGCGGCAGUGCACUAUCAAGUUCACUCAACGCUGCUUUAAGUGGAAACAUGGGCGAUGGCAUUGGAAGUGGAAUUGGCGGCAUUGGAUUAUCUAAUUCUCUCAACGCUGCUCUAAGUGGAAAUUUAGGAGGUAGUCUAGGAGGCGGUAUAGGCAGCAGUGGAAUAUCAGGUUCUCUUGCUGGUGCUCUAAGUGGAAAUGUGGGAGGUGGAAUUGGUGGUGCUGGUGUCGGUGAAACUAUCUCCAUUAGCAUUAGUGCCUAUCUUAGAUUAAUGUACUAUAUCUCUGCUCUACAACAAGCUAUUACUGCCAAUACCUUAGGAGCAGGAAUCAGUGGUGGAAUCAGUGGUGGAAUUGGUGGUGGAGUAGGAAGUGGAUUCACUAGUGGUACUGGAUCUAAUUUUGCUGGACAAUUUGACGGUGGAUUCGCUAGUUCUGUUGGUAGAACUGGAUUCGGAACAGGAGUAGGAAGCAGCGGAUUUGCUGGACAAUUUGGAAGUGGAUUUGUUGCACAAAGUGGAAAUAUCGGAGGCAUUGGAGGAGAAGAAAGUUUAAGUGGUGGACUAUCCGCGGGAUUAAGUGGUGGACUUUCUGGGGAAAUAGGAAGUGGUAUAGGAGGGGGCGCAGGAGGACUUAGUAGUGCAAGCCUUUCAGUAAGUGGUUCCAUCAGUGGGUCACUUGAUGGAUCUAUUGGCGGAAAUUUGGGAAAUAGCUUCGGAAAUGAAAUUGGUAGCAGUGGAAUUUUAAGUUCUCUCAGUGGUGCUCUAAGUGGAAACUUGGGCGGAAGCAUCGGAAGUGGAUUUUCCGGCAGUAGAAUAUCUAAUUCUCUCAACGCUGCUUUAAGUGGAAAUUUGGGAGGUAGUCUAGGAGGUGGGCUCGGCGGUAGUGAACUAUCUAGUUCUCUCAAUGCUGCUUUAAGUGGAAACUUGGGCGGUGGCAUCGGAAAUGGCAUUGGCAGCAGUGGAGUAUCUAAUUCUCUCAAUGCUGCAUUAACUGGAAAUUUAGGAGGUAGUCUAGGAGGUGGGCUUGGCGGCAGUGGAUUGUCUAGUUCUCUCACCGCUGCAUUAAGUGGAAAUUUGGGAGGUAGUCUAGGAGGCGGUAUAGGCAGCAGUGGUAUAUCAGGUUCUCUGGCUGGUGCUCUAAGUGGAAAUUUGGGAGGUGGAAUUGGUGGUGCUGGUGCAGGCAGAUCUAUCUCCAUUAGCAUGAGUGCCUACCUCAGAUUGAUUUCCUAUAUAUCUGCUCUACAACAAGCUAUUACUGCCAAUACCUUAGGAGCAGGAUUGAGUGGUGGAAUCAGUGGUGCAAUUGGUGGUGGCGUAGGUGGUGGUUUUACUGGUGGGGCUGGAUCUAACUUUGCCGGACAAUUUGACGGUGGAUUUGCUGGUUCUGUUGGUAGAACUGGAUUCGGAACCGGAGUUGGAAGCAGCGGAUUUUCUGGACAAUUUGGAAGUGGAAUCGUUGCACAAAGUAGAAAUUUCGGAGGCAUUGGGGGAACAGGUGGUUUAAGUGGAGGACUAUCCGGGAGAUUGAGUGGUGGACUUUCUGGGGGAGUAGGAAGUGGUAUAGGAGGGGGUGCAGGAGGAGUUAGUAGUGCAAGCCUUUCAGGUGCUCUCCAAGGAAGUGUAAGCAGUGGAUUCGGCGGAAGGGCUGUUGGAAAAGUAAGUGGUUCAAUUAGUGGAGCACUUGAUGGAUCUAUUGGGGGAAAUUUGGGAAAUCGCUUCGGAAGUGGAAUUGGUGGCAGCGGAAUUUCUAGUUCUCUCAGUGGUGCUUUAAGUGGAAACUUGGGCGGUGGCAUUGGAAGUGGAAUUGGCGGCAGUGGUAUUUCUAAUUCUCUCAACGCUGCUUUAAGUGGAAAUUUGGGAGGUAGUCUAGGAGGAGGGCUUGGCGGCAGUGGACUAUCUAGUUCUCUCAAUGCUGCUUUAAGUGGAAACUUGGGUGGUAGUAUCGGAAGUGGCUUUGGCACCAGUGGAAUAUCUAAUUCUCUCAACGCUGCUUUAAGUGGAAAUUUGGGAGGUAGUCUAGGAGGUGGGCUCGGCGGCAGUGGACUGUCAAGUUCUCUCAACGCUGCUUUAAGUGGAAAUUUGGGAGGUAGUCUAGGAGGCGGUAUUGGCAGCAGUGGCAUAUCAGGUUCUCUGGCCGGUGCUCUUAGUGGAAAUUUGGGAGGUGGAAUUGGAGGUGCUGGUGCCGGCAGAUCUAUCUCCAUUAGCAUUAGUGCCUACCUUAGAUUGAUUUCCUAUAUAUCUGCUCUACAACAAACUAUCACUGCCAACACCUUAGGAGCAAGAUUAAGUGGUGGAAUCAGUGGUGCAAUUGGUGGUGGAGUAGGUGGUGGAUUUACUGGUGGUGCUGGAUCUAACUUUGCUGGACAAUUUGACGGUGGAUUUGCUGGUUCUGUUGGUAGAACUGGAUUCGGAACUGGAGGUGCUAGCAGCGGAUUUGCUGGACAAUUUGGCAGUGGAUUCGUUACAAGAAGUGGAAGUAUCGGAGGAGCAGGUGGUUUAGGUGGAGGACUAUCCGGGGGAUUAAGUGGUGGACUUUCCGGUGGAAUAGGAGGUGGAGUAGGAGGGGGUGCAGGAGGACUUGGAAGUGCAAGCCUUUCAGGUGCUCUUCAAGGAAGUAUAAGAAGUGGAUUCGGCGGCAGUGCUGUUGGAAAAGCUGCAGGGGGUGCUUUACUAACUGGUGAUUCAGCAAGUGAAGUAACUGGUGAAAUAGCAGGUGAAGUUACUGGUGAUUCAGCAAGUGAAGUUACAGGUGCAUCUGUAAGCGGGUCAAUUGGUAGCAACUUGGGUCUUGGUUUUGGAAGUGGGAUAGGUGGUAGUGGCGUAUCCGGUUCCUUGAGUGGUGCACUAGGUGCCUCAUUAAUUGGCAGUAGACUUGGUAGUAGAGGAUUAUCCAGUUCUCUGAGUGGUGCUCUUGGUGCCUCAUUGGGCGGUGGAGUUGGUGGACGUGGAAUAUCCAGUUCUCUGAGUGGUGCUCUCGCUGCCUCAUUGGGUGGUAGAGGUGGAGGUCGUGGAAGUGGAAUAUCCAGUUCUCUGAGUGGUGCUCUUGCUGCCUCAUUGGGCGGUGGAGUUGGUGGAAGUGGAAUAUCCAGUUCUCUGAGUGGUGCUCUCGCUGCCUCAUUGGGAGGUGGCAACCUGAUUGGAAGUGGUGCCGGUCAGUCAAUUACCAUCAGUUACAGUGCUUACCUCAGAUUGAUGUAUUAUGUAUCUGCUCUUCAACAAGCUUAUUACACUGGUAGCAUAGGAGGUGGGUUGACUGGUGGAAUCGGGGGAUUUGGCAGUAUUAUCGGAGGUGGAUUAGGUGGAGGUCUUGGUUCUGGAUUUUCUGGUCAAUUCGGUGGUGGAUUUUCUGGUUCAGCCGGAAGAACUGCAUUCGGAGGUGUUGGUAGUGGAAUUUCUGGACGAUUUGGGGGUGGAUUUGCCGGACAGGUUAGAAGGUUUGGAGGUAGUACCGGGGGAUUGACAGGUAGUUUAGGUGGUGGAAUUUCUGGUGGAUUCGGAAGUGCUUUUGCCAGAAGAACUAGUGGAUUUGGCAGUUCUAGCCUCUCAGGUUCCCUUCAAGGAAGUUUAAGAGCUGGAUUAGGUGGUAGAGCAUCAGGAAAAGGAGGUUGGUUGCCUAGAGGAUUACUCGGUGGUCUUGGUUCUGGAUUUGCUGGUCAAUUAGGUGGUGGAAUUGCCGGACAGUUUGGAAGGUUUGGAGGUCUUGGUGUUGUAGGCAAUACUGGGGGAUUAACAGGAAGUUUAGGUGGUGGAAUUUCUGGUGGAUUCGGCAGUGCUUUUGCUGGAAGAGCUAGUGGAUUUGGCAGUUCUAGCCUCUCAGGUUCCCUUCAAGGAGGUUUAAGAGCUGGAUUAGGUGGUAGAGCAAUAGGAAAAGGUGCUGCUUAUUAA